AAAUUAAUAAAAACAACAAAGAAAUGGUAGAGUCAGUCGGUCAGCUUAGCCAGAUCAAAAAACACUGUUUGAUUAAACUUUGCUUUUUAAAUAAGUAAACAAAAAUGAUGUCUCCAAAGCAAAUUAGUGAAGAUCGAGGGGGUUCUUCUCAUUUCAGGAACACUCCUUUACAGAUAGUUCAUUUAUUAGGGAAUUUCUUUAGAAUAUGGUCAGUUUAUUCGAUGUAUCGAUAUUUGUCUCAAACCGGUGCUUCGACGGUUCUGUUUAUCUUCUGUUGUUUGGUUCCCUCGUGUAUCAUAUUUUUGAUUCUGCAAAAGCCCUGGAAGGGGAGACCACUCUCUAGUCAACAGGUAGUGCCAUCUAUUAUAAAUGGUGCCAUCACAGCUUUAUACUUCUUUUUGUGGGGCAAGGGUCUCAAGUCUUGUGGACCAGUUAGAGCCAUAUUGGCGGAGUAUUCUGGUGCUGUACUUGGAGUACUAUCAGCAACUUUAUAUGGCCGGAGAAGCAAUCUCUGGAAAAAGGUAGGUGGGCUCAUUGCAAUGUUGGCAUCUUUCUACUUGUUAUCUCAAGGGUGGGCAAUGGCUACAUACUCACCAUUUUCAUUCAAAGAAACUGUUGAUGAUGAGGAUCACACAGAAGUAGCUUUGAGUAUAACACAAAUGAUAGUUCCAAUCCUCGCCGGUAUUUUAUCAGCUUUAAGAAGGGUGAUAUCGCGGCGUGUAUCUCUCAAGAAUCAACUUAAAAGGAGGCUUCAUGCCAUAUCUGUCACUUCUGCAACAUGUUUUCUGUUUCCUGUGGCCAUGUGGGAUUUCGUCAUUGGAUCGACUUCUGGGAGCAGCAUAGAGCUACCAUUUUCACUUUGGGCAUUUACGAGCACUAUUAUUUUUGGAGUUGUUUUGAUAUUUUACGUUGACAGUAUUGCGGAGGAGAGAUUGCACAUGGUUUUCUCUUCUCCAAGGCACUUAAUGGUAGCUGGGGGAUGCAUCAUUAUUAUGGAGAUUGUGUACAAAAUGGACUUCUCUUUACUGGGAUUCAUUAUUUGCUCCUUACUUUUGGGCUUUGGCAUCUAUGAGGCAACUUCUUUGGACCGAAGUAAGAAGGGCUCACUUCAGCAUUCAGAUCCAUCAAAUGGAAUAUUGGAAGAUCAAAUGGAGAUGUCCCCACUUCCUACUUGAAACUUGCCGUCUCUCUUACAAAAUCGUCACAGGUACAACAAUGGCACACAGCCAGUUCAUUGAUACAAAUGAAUUUUGGCGGCAAAAUCAAAAGUUUAUAGUUAACUAGUUAAAAUCUCUCACUAGCAUAAUCUUUAUUUUUUUGGGCUGAGAGGCUAAUUGUUCAUUUGUAGCCAAGUCAGAGUGUACAUAAAUCCUGUAAAUGCAUUUGAAGCUCCUACCUUUUUGUAGUGUUGUUGCCUCAAUAUUUCUGGAAAAUUUCCGAGGCCAUCAAAAUUUGUUACUAUUUCUGGUCUAUCCACUUUUUUUUUAAUUCAUUGAUUUAUGAUUUUAAAACAUGUUCUGGGCAAGACUGGAAUGUAGAAACUGAAGUAAACAAUAUGCAGAGAAUGUAAAUAAUUGUGGAAGCAUUUUUGUGAA